CACGCGCAUCGGUAAUUCCUCAGAGAGUUGAGGCUGUUAAAAAGACCUUGAGAAAAGUUUCCUCGCAGGUUUCGCAACCUGAAACGCGGCGAACUCCCGAUUCCGAAUACUAAAAAAAAAAGCCAAGAUUGUAAUACCCAUUGCCCAGUGAUGAGCAGAGGAGGAGGGGGAUGGGCAGGAAGAAGGAGCCAUGGUAAUUACACGAACCCCUGCUUGACCAUGCACCAACCAUGGGCUUCCUUGUUAGUUUAUGGGAUCAAGCGCAUUGAAGGCAGGUCGUGGCCUGCUCCUAUUCGAGGCCGCCUUUGGAUUCAUGCUGCAAGUAAAGUUCCAGAGGAAGCUACAAUCAAAGCAAUGGAGGACUUUUAUAAGGAAAUCUAUGCAGUGAAUGGCAUUACUGAAAUUAAGUUUCCAGAACAUUAUCCUGUUUCAAGACUUUUAGGGUGUGUUGAAGUGGUUGGCUGUGUUAGAUGUGAAGAACUAGCAAGCUGGGAGGCAGUACCUGAAGGGGCAAGGUUAGAAGGACAAACAGAUUUUUGCUGGCUUUGUGAAGAGCCACAGAAAUUACUAGUUCCAUUUGAGAUGCGAGGCUAUCAAGGUGUUUAUAACUUGGAAAAGAAGAUAUAUGAAGCCGCAGUUAGAGGUCUCACACCAGUUAAAGGUCCAAUGCCAGUAAAAUUUCCCCUUCCAAAUCCUCGUGAUCCUUUUUCCUUAAAACCAGGGUCUAUUUCAAUGCUGUUUCCUGAAAAAGCAUCUGAAGUGGAGAAAUCAUCAAGUCUCACAGCAGCUAUUGCUGGUGCCCGUGCUGCAGCUACUCAGUUCAACAAGAAAGAUCAAGAUCUCCUAGUAAAUGCUGUCCAGAAUAGCAAUUCUAAUUCCAGAAGGAGCGACCGAGCAAACAGCAAACCUUUGGAAGAACAUAAAAAGCCACAUUUUAACUUGUAUGGAGAACCUUCGGUGUCAAAUGAGGCGGAUCAAAGCAAUUACAUCAAGUGUGAAGAAAGCAGUAGCCAUAGUCGAACUCGUGCGGAUAUGAAACAACUUCCUGGAGCUCCUGCUAAGAUUUUUGCUGCUGCAGUUAGAGGGCUGAAGCCAUCCUGAAUUUAUGUUGUUCCUGUUGAGCAUUAGUUUUGCACAGUAAUUAUCCCAUACAAGUGGCCUCCAGAAGUUGACCGUAUCUUGCAGAGAUUCAAGUCAGCCUGCAAUCAGUUGAAGAUUACUUGUUAGCUGGUUACUUUUUGCUGUAUUUAUUCUUCAGCACCUGUCAAUAGUUUAUAACGUAUUUGGAUUGAUCUAGGUUACGAUGUAUUUACAGAAUUGUUGUUAGAUGCAUGGAUUUUUACAGAGUUGAAAUUGUCAGAAGGAAUGUAUCUGGAUUCAAACUAGACUACAUUGUAUUCAUAGAAUUGUGUUAAGAUAUGGGAACUUCUACUUGUUUGAAUCUGGGAAAGUCUUUCUUGAUCUCUUUGGUCACCUGUUCAUGUGAGCAGUUGAAGCUGUCCUAUAAGCUGUCAGUUCUAUUAUAGCCAUAAGAUUACAUGCUUUAAAAUUAAAUCACGUAUGGGCGUGAAAUUAUUGAAGGUCAACAAAUCCCAAGGAACGCGUCAAAGAGUCUUUAAGCACAUCACUAUUGAAUUUAAUGGAGUGACAACCCAACUACUCUUGAUAAGUUCCGUUGACAAAUUUGCAACUAGUUUAGGUAACAUAUUGUGUAGUUUUAUGUGAACCAUUCAACAAAUAUAAGGGAAAUCUCAUUGCUAGCUAGUCCAGCCAUCAACUAGGCAUCAAAAUGAAUGUCAUGUCAUAUUUGGUAGCGUUCUUCUUGAUUCAUGGGUUGCUCUUACAAUCUCACGCUAGUUUCACAGGCAAGGUCUCCGCAUGGGAAGCCCCUUCCAAUGAAUUUUCUUCUUAUAAGUUGAAUGUGGUGACAAGAAAGGUUAGAAGAUCCUCGCCUCCAUCUCCCAGGCUUAAUCCUCCUAUUCACUUCAAAAGUCCUCCUCCUCCUCGGCCACCACCACCGCCAGUGUCACCGCCACCACCGCCACCACCCCCAUGCAACUGAUGCUGCAUAUGUAACGGUUCAAAAGCUUCUUCAGGAUAGUUUUUGACUGCAAGUUCUUUUGCUUUCUUUUUUGUAAGGAUAUUUGCAAUAGCAAUGGUACAAAAUCGAUCUGAGUUGGAUUUUCGGAUAAAUUGGAUCAAAGCUUGAACCCUAUGUACUUUGAAAUUCAUAUUUUAAGCAGAAAAUGAUUUGAAA